AUGGAGUCCAAACCAAGACAGGACAGGCUGAGGUCGAGGUCUAGGGAGCGCAGUCAUAGGCAUAGGUCCGACAGAGAUCGGGAUGGGCACCGUCAUCGUUCGUCGCAUCACGGAGAUCGACAUGGACAUGAGGAUUCGAAGAGGAGGAGGCACUCGUCAAGGUCCAGAUCGCCAAAGGACCGUGAACACCAACGACACAGGAGUAGCCGCAGUCACCAUUCCUCCUCAAUACGUGAGCACGAGUCCUGGUCCAAGGCAGUCGCUGAGGAAGAUGAAGACAUGUGGGAGGAAAAGCCUGCAGCCGGAGGAUCAUCACGCGCUGACAUGGUCGAGGAGGGACAAGCUGAAGCGAUAGGGAAACCCCAGCGUGACUUGUGGAUGAUUGACCCGAAGGAACAAGAACUGGAGAUGUUCAGCGGCAUGGGUCGGGAGCGCACGAAGGAAGUCAAGGAAAAGCCUGACCCAAGCAAGCUUCAAGUCAGUUCCCGCGAACUCAAUCGUACAUUUGCGGAGGGCAGAACAGAGGAGCCGUUAUCCUCAGUCGAAGCAGCUCGGAGCAGGGACAAAGAGGAUAAAGAUGAACUCAAGUUGCCAUCCUGGACAAUCGGUGACGAGUCAUCCCAAUGGAGACAAACAAAGCUCCGUCGUCUUGAAGAAGCCGCAGUCGAGGACGGCCGUCCGGUCGAGGGACUCGCCACGGAGCGCUACGGUUCGCUACGCGAGUACGACUUUGCGCGUGAGGAACGGGAGGAGUUGGAGAGGCGCAAGAUGUACGGACGCGGAAGAAAAGACGAAAAGCAGAAGAUUACGGGAAGGUUGUGGGAAGAGCGUCUGGAAGCACGCGGUGGUGGGCAGAUCAUCGCACAUGACGACCUUGCGUCCGAGCAUUCCAUUCCCGAUACUCGACUUCCCGCUGCACCACCGACCAACAACGCUGGUGCGACGGGAACCGUUGCGGAACCUGUGGAUCAGAAUACGCUCAACAAGCUCCGUGCUGCGAUCUUGAGGGCUCAAAUGAUGGGCGGUAACGCAAAGGUUGAGACUCUCGAGGCGGAGUACGCGGACAAAGAGCGUGCACUGGCAGCUUCGAAGGUCAUUGUUCUCAACGCAAUGGAUACGCGCCGUCUCACAGGCUCUGCCGCAAACACUCCGAAGACCGAAGAGGAGAUGACCAUCACAGAUAUGCUCAGGGAAGAAAAACGCGAGCGUGGUCAGAUCCAUGGGGGGGAGGGACGGAUGCUCGCCGACCGUAUCACCAGGGAUAAGAAAUUCGAUGAUACACACAUGUUGGACUAUAUGGACGAGAACGCCGAAAAGCUUGCGAAACGCGUUAAGCGAUCAGAGAUCGACUUGAAGCAUAUGGCAGUUGCGGAUUUCAAAAAGACGCAGAAGAUCCUGGAUAACUGUCCACUGUGUUCGCAAGAGACCACAGCGCCGAUUGCGCCCAUGAUCUCAACAGGCACCAGAACUUACCUCUCCCUUCCUCCUUCGCCAUCUCUAUCCCCGUACAGCGCCAUCAUCGUCCCCCUUCAGCACCGUGUAAACACACUCGAAUGCGAUGAUGACGAAUGGGACGAGAUCAGGAACUACAUGAAGUGUCUCCUACGAAUGUACGACGAGAUGAACAUGGACUGCAUUUUCUUCGAGGACGCCUCUCGUCCUCGUCGCCGUGGCCAUACACAGAUCGAGGCUUGUCCCAUCCCUCGCGACAUAGCCGGUAUGGUGCCCGGAUACUUCCGCGAAGCAAUCCUCGCAGCCGACGAAGAAUGGUCACAGCACAAACCCAUCAUCGAUACUCUUGCCCGUGCGAAGUCGGGACAAGGAAAGUUCGCGUUUAGGAAGAGCAUGGUUAAGGAGAUGCCAUACUUCCACGUCUGGUAUGAGAUCGAUGGGGGAGUGGGGCAUGUUGUCGAAAGCGAAGAUAAGUGGCCGAGAUAUUUCGAGAGGGAGGUCAUUGCAGGGAUCCUGGAUUUGGGGGUGGAGGUGUGGAGGCAGAGGGGGAGGUGGAGGAGGGGGGGUGAAGGUGAGCGGGAGGAGAAAUUUAGGAAAGCUUGGGCAAAAUGGGAUUGGACGGGCUCUUUGGCAGAUUGA